AUCUCCCAAAUCUUUGAUUUACCAUAUCAUCUUCUUCAAUUUUCUUUUUCUUUUUCUUUUUCUUCUCUCUUCUUCACCUUUCCUCUACAUUUAUUGGUCUAUUUUCUUCAUUCCUUCUUCUUUUCUCCUCUCUUCUCCCUUUUUUAUUCCAAGUUUAUGAGGUUAAAAUAACCACAAAAUCCGAUCCAUCCCAUCGUGUGUUCAACGGCCGGCCAUCUACCCAUCUCCAUAAUCGACGCCACUGCCCGAUGCUCACCCCUUCCAACUAACACGGUGAGUCUGUUUUUCUUUUUUUCUCUAUUUUAAACGUCGGCGUCGGCCGGCGUCAUCAAAGGUCCAACAAACGAUGAAAACCGAUCCAUCGGCACUGAGCUCACAACCGACUUGGACCGGCUGAUGACGGGUUACAGCAGCAGAGAGGAAAGUAGUGGCGGCUGAGUGGUCAACUCUUGGUCAAACUUAAUCCCCCUAAUUCCCAAAUUUCGAAAUUUUCAGUCAAGAUUCAACAACUCCUCCUCCUCACAAAUAAAACCAUAAUCUCUGUUCUUAAUCCCUCUGCAUAAUCUAAUUUGUGCCUUCAAACUUACUCCAUAACGAAAUCCACCAUUCUCGUACUCAUCUCAAUCCAAACCCCUUUGUCGCCUUUCAUCCUUCUCAAAACAAUUCCUGCUCAAUUUCUUCUUCCAGAUAAGAAUAACCCCCCCACGGCCACUAUAUAUUCCCUCUUAUUCUUCUUUUUCCAAUUUUCUCAACAUGUUCCUUCGCUAGGAUAAACACGAAAAACCCCGUUGGGAUUGUUGGAUUUUCUGUUUUUCGGUGAUCAUUUUUCUGUUUAUAGGAAUUUUCUUUCAUGGGUUGUGCCACUUCCAAGCUCGACCAUCUUCCUGCGGUUUCCCUAUGUCGGGAGCGUUGCGCUUUUCUUAACGAAGCCAUUCAGCAUCGACACACGUUCGCUCAAGCUCACACCGCCUAUAUUCUCUCUCUUCAAGGUGUUGGCAAAUCUUUGCACAAUUUUAUUGAACCAGGUUAUGUUUAUUCUGACCCUCCUUCUUCUCCCAAGCUCAAGCUUCCUCCUCAGAGAAAGAGCGACCUUGACCUUGACCCUUCUAAUUCUCCUCUCCAUCGUUUAUCUCACUCUAAUUCCGGUUCACAUCUCCAUCUACACUCCGAUUCCGACGAUGAUUCCAGUUCCCUUCACCAUUCCGAUCACUCUUCGCCUUUGCAUCCCACCCACGACGAUUUGUUUGACUACCCAGAUGGGAAUCGCGGUGGUGGUGGUUAUGUACAAAUGAAUUAUAUGAAGAACAAUUCGGUGCCGUCGGUGGUGCAUCAGCAGAUGCCAAUUGCUUCAGAGAGGGUAUAUCAUAUGGGUGAAUCUUCUUCUUCUGGUUAUUAUCCUUCUUACCCUUAUUCGAAUAAUGGGUAUUCCAAUUAUGGCGGUGGGUAUGGGGGUGGGUAUUACGGUUCUUCACCGCCUUCCGCUUAUGGGGGUAUUUCGAAUAUGUUACCUUCGCCUUCGUCGUCGAAGCCGCCACCGCCUCCUCCCUCUCCUCCGAGAGUCUCUACUUGGGAUUUUCUCAACUUCUUUGAGACUCCGGCGGUGGUGAAUUACUAUGGUGGCUACACGCCGAGCAGGGAUCCCAGAGAAGUGAGAGCGGAAGAGGGAAUUCCUGAACUAGAAGAUGUACGAUAUCACCAACCGGAGGUUGUUAAGAAGGUUAAUGGUGAACAGAAGUUCAUCGAGGACGGCGGCGAGAAGCACUUAAAGGCUAUGGUGGACGACCAAUUGAAGCUAAUGAACAAGAACGUGGCCGCUUCCCCUUAUCAGAUGAAGCCCAACGCUGCAAUUGAUGAAUUUAAGAAGGUUGUGGAUAUGGAGAAGAAGCUAGAGGACCAUGAAAAUAGAGCUCCUGCUGUUGGUGCAACGUUGAAAGGAGGAGGGGGAGGUGCUUCAAGGGACAUUUAUAAGGUGGCUAGAGAAAUUGAACUUCUGUUCAAGAAAGCCUCUGAGUUUGGAGAUGAAAUUGCCAAGAUGUUGGAGAUGGGGCAACUUCCUCAUCAGCGAAAACAUGCAUUUUUGGCUCGACCGCCCGCCACACGGAGGAGGGUGAAGUCCUCUUCUAAAGCUGGUGCCGCUGAAGUCGUUUUUAUUGAGGAUAUGGGAAUGAGAUCUGGAAAUCUUUCAUCUACCUUGGAGAAGUUGUACAUGUGGGAAAAGAAACUUUAUAAUGAGGUGAAGACAGAGGAAAAGAUGCGGAUGACCCACGACAGGAAGCGCCACCAACUCAAACGUUUGCAUGAGAGAGGUGCUGAGGCCCAGAAAAUUGAGGCAACUCAAACGUCCAUAAAUACCUUGUCGACAAACUUAAAAAUUGCAAUUCAGGUUGUUGACAAGAUUUCUGAGACAAUAAGUAAGAUUAGGGAUGAAGAGCUUUGGCCACAAGUGAGUGAACUGAUUCAAGGGUUAACCGGGAUGUGGAAAGGUAUGUUGGAAUGUCAUCACGAUCAGUUUCAAGCGAUUAAAGAAUCGUGUGAUUUAGGCCAUACUAGAUCUUGUGGAAAUCCUAGUGAUAUGGAUCUUCGAGUGACUUUACAACUCGAUCACGAGCUUAUUAGCUGGACAACUAGUUUUUCGGGUUGGAUAAGUGCCCAGAGAAAUUUUGUAGGAUCGUUGAAUAAUUGGCUUCUGAAAUGUCUUCUGUAUGAGCCUGAAGAAACAGCUGAUGGAAUUGUUCCUUUCUCACCGAGUAGAAUUGGUGCGCCACCCAUUUUUGUAAUCUGCAAUCAGUGGUCACAAGGUUUGGAUAGAUUCUCCGAGAAAAAGGUAGUUGAUUCUAUACACAUAGCCGCCAAAAGUGUGCUUCAAAUAUGGGAGCGUGAUAAGCAAGAAGUGCGGCAUACAAUGAUAACAAACAAGGAUCUCGAAAAGAAAGUGAAAAAAAUUGACAGGGACGACCAAAAGUUGCAGAAAAAAAUUCAGGCAUUAGACAAGAAACUGAUUCUGGUAACUGGAGAUGACACUAGCAAUAGCUGCACCCUGCAGGCAGGUCUGCAAUCCAUUUUCCAGGCCCUUGAAAGCUUUGCAUCUGACUCCAUGAAAGCAUACGAAGAGCUUUUGCAACGAAGUGCUGAAGAAAUUGCUAAGGCAAGGGCAUGAAGAAGAUUGCUUGUUUCUACUUUUGAUUUGAAUCACUAUAAGACUGCGGAACUCGACAAGUUUACACUAGGAGGACUAAAGUAACAAACUCAAGCAAACCGUGCAGCCACUAAAUAUAAUAUUUAAAAUGACAGUUGUUACAUUAUGCAGACAAACCCUCCAACAUGCAGUGAAACUCAGCAGAAUGUGCCUGGCAGUGGCUGUCGAUUUUCUCAGUAUGAGGGUUAAGCAUGCAUGGCUAUCAGUUGAAACGGCGACGAAGUUUUGUGGCAUAUUGGGCAUUGAGCAAGGUCAUGCCAGCUAAAAUGAAGAAUCAAGCAAAGUACAAGUCGGAGAGGUAGGAUGGUAUGAUGAUUACAUGUAACUGAUAUAGUUUUUGGGUUUGAUGUUCUUGUAUAUAAAGGCUUUUUCCACUCUUUUGUAUAGAAAGUGGAUGAAAAUGAAAAGAGUUUUCAUUUUGAUUGGAAGAGGAGUAGUGGAAGAAAAUGAUACAACACAACCAAAGAGGACGGAUAGAAAUGAAUGUUUAAAGGCUAACUGUAAUAACAUUAAAUUCGUCUGUUUACCAAGUUAUUUGAUGGGUUUAUGAAGUUGUUGUGGAUACAAACAAUGAUAAUCUCCAACUUCAUUUCCUUUUUUACGCCAA